CGAGAACGUAACAAGUGAAAAUCUUCAGACCGAAACGAGAGCACCGAGUGAGAGAUCUGUUGCCAAUUUUAGUCGGAAACUGCAUUUCAGUGGGUAUGGACAUACAACAGUUAGCUGUGUGCAGAAAAAACACAAUCCUCGAGAUGGUUGUACAGUAUAAUUAGGAUAUUUUCAACAAGGUUUUCAUGGAAAAAUUCAGCGCGCAUGUUUUCACGCCACGUUACAGAAAAACGUUUUAAAAAAAAUUCAAUUAGUGAUUUUUGUUUUUGGUGAAUGAUAAGAAAAAAAAACGGAGAAGAAUAAGUUUAAAACGACCACACACAGCAACGCAACCAUAAUUUCUUUCGUCUUUCCGUUUGAGCCGUGCUGUAGAAAAUUGAUCAACACAAAAUCAAUAACAAGCGCGAACCACGUGGACAGCUAUCACGGUUCGCGAGUUCCCAGGAGUGUACAGCCUUCGAUAUGAAACAUGGCAAAACAUCGGCAAAACAGGCAAAUGACGUCAAUAUGCUUUGUCUGCAACCUUCCAAUCAUGUCGCACCAAGUGGGUUUGGUAUGGCAGGGCGGAAACGGCUGGGACGAAAUGGUUCGCGAACAGUUGGAAGAGUCGACAAUAAGACAGCGAUUAGGCGGACGUCGGGAUUCAGCAGCACAGAUAUCAGCUGCAUCACCUCCUAGUACAUCACCGCCACCAUCACAACGACGUCGUCGUAGUUCUUUGGCACAGCUUACCGAUAUAUUACGGGAAUGGAGCGGUGGCGGUUCGAAACGUCAGAAAGCACCACUCAAUCGACGUGAAACGCUUGCUGAUCUAGCACGAAGUCUUCCAUGGGGUAGAAAUACAGACAAUAGUUCACACAACAAUCAAUCUCACGCAUCACAGCGUAAGCGGAGAGAGUCCAGUGCCGAUUCGGGUAUUAAGAGUAUGCGGUCACGACGUGAAUCGCAUACAUCGGAUUUCAAUAAAAUGUGGACACGAAAGGAGAGUACUAGUCCCGGCGAUCGAGAUCGUGAUAAAGAGAAUACAGACACUGGAGCGUCAACAGAUGGCACACGGAAUGGCUCAAGGCGAGGUUCGGGCGAAAGUUCUCGAAGCGGACGACGCGAUUCGACGAUAACACGUGCCAUUACACCACCGCCACCGAAGGUUGUUGGUGCUACGAAGAAACGCCGUGAUUCCUUGACUGUUGUAGAGUUACCAAAUUUCCGGCAAGAACAGCGACCGUCAACCAGUUCAACGGCUUCGGAUUCUGGGCCAUAUUUUGUGAACAGUACGGAUACAGGUUGUCAAGCCCUACCACCACCUACGAUGGUGAUCAGCAGCGUAACUCCACCUGCAACCAGUCCAACGGCACCACCAUCGGGUCGACGAGAUUCGACGACGCAGUGUGGCCGAGUGAAUCGAAGAGAUUCAAGAGUUAGUCCCGAACGGCCACGAUUGCAACGACUGCAAAGACAAGCAACAGCUUUUGACGAAUCAUGUCCACCAUUGGGAAAUAGGCGAGAGUCUCAACCAGCUCUAUCGCCAACCGGACCGGUUGGUGAUGGUGAUGAAAGUGAGAGGAGAGCAAGACGAGACAGUUUAAGCCCGGACAGUGCAUCGCGGGGGAGACGUGAUUCACGGCAACAUUUAUCGCCGGAUCGCAGUCAUGACAGAGACGGCAGUCCGAGGAGAAGGUCAAAAGUUCGUAGACAAUCGUCAUCGGCAGCACGAAAUCCACGUUCACCCGAGUCAAGUAGCUGCUGUUCAUCAAGAGAUCCCAGUCCGUGUGCCCGUGCCCCACCGCCAUUGCCAAUCACUGAAUGUGCACCACGUCCAGCAAUAAGACGACAAUCAACAACCGAAGAAAUAUUGAUCUCACGUGGUUUUCGCCGUCAAAGUACAACCGAAGAAAUGAUUCGUUGUCGAAACUUUCGACGUCAAAGCUCGCAAAGCGAUGACACGUGCCGUUAUCGAGGCCGACGAGACUCAUGCGCACAAAUCACCGACGGCACCAUCGGUACGAUGACAGUCGAAACAACCAGUACGUUCUUCGAUUCAAGCACACAAACUGAACCAUCGCCAUUGUACGACAAUAACCACUAUCAUGAAGAAUGCUUGCGCUGCAAUUCAUGCGGCAUAAAUUUGUCGGGGCAAAACCAUAAGCGCGCACGACGCUUUAAAAAUCAAAUUUUAUGUGAUUUGCAUUUCGCGGAUGUUGCACUCAUGGAAUCGUCGGAUUUCAUGCAACAGCUACGUAGCUUUAAGCCACAAUCAUUAGGUUGUGCAGUAGCUCGACGGAAAAGUUCAACUACGCUUAUAUUCCCAUUACCUCCACAAGCAUGUUCAGAUGAGUUUUGUGAGGAAUAUCCACAUAAUUUAAUACCGACGCCUGGAUAUUGGGUAGAAUGUUCGCGUCAAAAAAUCAAUAUGAACAAUUUGGCCAUGUGGGCUGGUGGAGACAGUGAUUCCGAACAAGAGGAAAAUGCUACGAAAAUGUCCGGACGAGGAAACUCCGAAUCUCAUUUGGAACGUGGUUGCAGCGACUUGUACGAAGACGACGAAGACUCAGAAGCAGCUCCAAUUUCGAGGAAAAAGAGCGCGAUCGAAGAACAAUGGGAUAUGCUACAAGGUUUCGAAUUGACAUCCGUUGAACAAGAAACAUAUGAAAAGUAUUUUUAUGCCACUGAACACUGGAAUUAUUUUACAAACGAUGAAGACUUAGGACCAGUUAUUUUAUCGAUUAAACAAGAAAAUUUAAAUGGUCGUGAUCAAUUUAGGAUUUUAGUUAGAGCCAUCUCCUACACGGUGCAUGGAUUGAUACCAGCUUCAUGCGUUUUUGCCGAUAGAUAUAACCGAGAAGAAGUAGUUAGGUCACUAGGUAAAGAAAUAAAUUUGAAUCCGCCGCUAACGUUAGGUCAAUUGCCAGACACUGGGGAAGAGCUUUUGAAAUUGGACCAAGUCUUCAUCAAAUCCGAACUGAAGGUUGGCAUCAUCUAUGUGAAGGAAAAUCAAUUCAGCGAAGAGCAAAUCUUGGACAAUAACGAUAACUCGCCAUUAUUCGAUGAAUUCUUACAAGUGCUUGGGGACAAAGUUCGUUUACGCGGUUUCGAUAAAUAUAAAGGCGGCCUUGAUACAGUUCAUGACUUAACAGGAUUGUACAGCGUGUACACGAACUGGCGAAACAUUGAAAUCAUGUUCCACGUGAGCACUCUUCUGCCCUACGAGAAGCAUGAUCCGCAAAAGUUACAGCGUAAACGCCACAUUGGAAAUGACAUUGUGUGCGUUGUAUUUUUGGAAGCAGACCAGACACCGUUCUCACCGUCAUGCAUAAAAUCGCAUUUUCUACAUACAUUCAUAUUGGUAAGACCCCUCGUCGCAUCCCCGGCAUCACAGAUAAAAAUGACAUUUGACAUGCAACAGGUACGAGUGUCGGCACGCAUCAAACGAAAACCCACCCGCUAUGAAGUGUCAGUUGUUACAAGAGACGAGGUCGGCGCCUAUAAACCAUAUUUAUGGGAGCAAUCGGUGUUUGAGAAAGGUCCAAUGUUUCGGGAGUGGAUUUUAACGAAGAUUGUAAACGGAGAGCGUGCGUCGUAUUCGGCUCCAAAAUUUGCGCGAAUGCAAGAACGAACACGGUCACAAAUGCUGGAGGAUAUUGUUGCCAACUUAGCAAAUCAUGCCGAAACCGGACAAAUUCCAAAGCCCUAUCGCAGAGGUUCUUGGCGUCCAAUAGGUCAUAUGCGACCGUCGUCACCACUGUUGGACUCGGUGCGAGACCAGUUCGAAGACUAUGAUCAACUAGCAAAAGACUUUACCCGUGUUUUCUUGAACAUGGAACCAUCUUGCCUUCAAAAUGCGCAACUAUUUGAUGUUGUUUUUUUGGUUGGACAAUCAAAGCAAAAGGCUCGAUUCAUUGGUGUUCGUGCAAUUUUGGGUGUUAGAAGUCGUGUUUUCCAAGAAAUGUUGUAUGGCAUCCAGACUGGUUUUGGUUCACCACAAGUUCCCGUGGCUGAGUUACUAGCACGUCCCGCUCCAACGCUUAUGUCACCACAGUCGCAAAGCCAACGACCGAAAAGCUCAAAUUUUCUUCAAGUUCCCGACAUUGAAUCGCCACGCCCGAAGAGCGUUCCAUCAUCACCAAUGGUGAAACGAGCAUUCUCUCGCUUGGGAACAAUAACAGCUGGCUGGGGACGAUCGAUUAGGAGCCGACAGAAUUCAACGCUGCAUGCUGAUGACAAAAAGAAAUGGGCAUCAUCACAAGACUGUUCGAAUAAAGAUAGCAAGGAGAGCAAAGAGAAGCAGCAUUCAUCGAACCAAUUGGCUGUGCCACGGUUGUCAGUGUGUGCGGAUGCACAAAAAGUGGAUCGUGCUAAAUUGGCACAAACGGAAUUCAGCAUUAUUGAAUUUGAUCCGGACACAUUUCGCGUGCUAUUGGAUUACUUGCAUACAGGCAGUUGUCCAUUAACUUGCGUGUCAAUUCCAGGUCUAAUUUGCGCAGCCGAACAUUAUGAUUUGCCAGAGUUGUUGCAGGCGUGCUUUCAUCAUGCAAAACAAUUUCUGCGUAUUGAUGUGGUGUGCAUUAUGUUGAUAUCGUUGGAAAACUACUACUGGCGAUAUACAUCGGCUUCAGAGUUGGUGAACAUGAUUUUGGCAUUUGUCGAGACUAAAGCGCACGCACUCUUCCAUUUGCCUGAUUUUCUUAAUCUCAGCGAAAGUAUGGUUCAAAUGAUAAUGUGCCGCAAUUUGGAAAUUCCUGAGGUACGAAAAUUUGAAGCGAUGCUUGCAUGGGCAAAAAAUAAAAUCAAACAAAAAGUGUCCAAAACCGAUGUCAAAGUCGAAUUUCGAUGCACUAUGGAACGAUUGACACGUGACCUGAAACUACAUCGAAUUUCGCCACAAGAACUAAUCAAGGUGGUUUUGCCAUCGAAGGCAAUUAAAAACGAACGCAUUCUGGAAACGUUAAUGUAUCAGGCCAACUCAGGCAUGUAUCGCAUUCAAGACAGCUACAUCGAGGCAUGUCAACAGAGAAUUCAAAAACAAGACUCAAGAUAUAGUGAAUGGGGUGAAAGCUUUGAUUGUGGCCUCUAAACAUAGUGAAGUGGAAGUGGAAGUGGAAGCGAUGCGAGUGAAGCGAAAAUGCUAUCCAAAAUAAUCUCCGCAAAAGGAAAAAAAAAAAGUCUAUAAAUAUAUUUUAAAAUUGAUGUUAUACAGAAAAUGAUGUGUACAGUGAACUAAGUCAAAGCCAAAGUAUUUUCCAUAUACAUAAAUAUAUAUUGAUUUGUCUUCUCAUUUUUGUGAACUACUUUAUAAAUAGCUAACUUUAUAUUUUUGAAUAUUGAAAGUGUAAUAAAAACAAGGAAUGCCAGAAUGCCAGACCCAAUGAAAAAAAUAUUAGCCAAACAAAUGGUCAGUUAUCAUGUUAUCCACAAGUGAUAAAAGCGGCUGGAUUCUUAGCACAGCGUAACAUUUUACUUGUCAGUUCCAUAUUAAUGAUAAUUUUUGCAACGGUUCACUGUACUCAGUAUUCACUGAGCGGCUUUUUAUUCGGUCAGAGUCUCUCAUACGCUUUUUCGUGGUUUAAUGUAAUUUGUUAUGAUUUAUUGAGGAAGAAGAAAAACAGUGCCGGUCAGCAUAUAAUCGAAUCGGUGGUGAGGAAAAAGAAAUUGAAGGCUGCGUUUCAUUUCAAGCCAAAAGAAAACCGUAUAGCCGAUUCGGGCUGUGUGCUGAUUGGGCAGUGUGCAUUAACUGAAAUUUAUAGUUAAAUCGAAUUAAAUAUGUAAAGACCCAACAUGUGUUGUGUGUAGCUUUUCGUAUUAUAGUGAAUAAGUUUUAAAUGGUGCCAUUACAAUCUUUAAAUAAUUCUAAAUGAAAUUGAAAGUAUUUCGUCACAAGGCUGGGAAAUACUGUGCGAUGGAUUUAUCAAAAAUUCAAAGAAAAAUCAUAAAUUUUUCAUCAAAACUAUCCGAAUAUAUUUAACUCAUCCGAAUAAACCCAUCGCAUAGUAUUCUUUGCUUCUGAGGUGGUAAUGAAAGUGUUAUAAGAAGAAGAAAAACCCACACAGAGUAUUCAAACGAUCGACUCCCCGCACAUCUGAUGAGGCGUGAUUGAUCAUUUCAUUUUUGCCAUUUAUGUCUAUUAGGUUGAUGAACUAUUUUCGAAAGAUGUCCUGAUUUGAAGCAAAAAAAGCAAAAACACAUCGAAUGAUCGGAAAUUUUGUGGAACGAUAUUAUUUUACCUAUUUUGGAACUCCCUAAAAAUCCUUUUAUUUCUUUGAUUUCAAAAGCAUAUUUAGUUUGUUGACCUAAUAUACAGUGGAGAAAAUUUCAAGUGUUUUUCUUUAUUCAAUUGAAAAACAACAAAUAACUUAGCUAGAUGAUUUAAAAAUGAUAUCAACAAAACAAACUCGCUAUAAUCGUGAUUUGAUAGACGUGUAAAUGUAAAUGAAAAUGGUUUCGGGCAAAAAAAAUGUUGUACAUUUCGUGAAAUGGAUUUAAACCAUUACCUAAUUUUUUUUUCUUCGUCUUACACAAAGAGGUUGUUGAAAAUAUUGUAUCACAAUGUCAAAUUUAAUUGAAGAUUCUAAUAUUGUGUGAAACAGAGACAAAUGUACAAAAUACAACAACUUUUGUAAUGAGUCUGAAACAAAACCCAUGCUUUUGGUAUGAAAAAAAAGCAAGCUAAGUGACACACAUUGAGGAAUAUGGAGAAUCAAAGCCAAUGCUUAUAUCGAACCGAAUGCUUUCCAUUUUUAGAGUGGCCGAACUGUUUAUUUCAUCCAAAUUUUCUUGGUAAUUCAGAUUCGUUUGAAAAAUGAAAUGAAUUUUUCCCAAAUAGGGAAUGUAAAUUCAAUAUUAGCUGGGUUUCGUGUCAAACUCUGCCUUCAGCAGAAUGGUAUAGUCGAAUAUAUUGUAUGCAAAUGGGGUCACCAUUGCUCACGAUAACAAAAUCUGUAAAUAAUAAAAUACAUUAUUUACAGACGGUCAGAUUUUUGGUAUGUGUUAGAGUUGCAUUUAUUCAGUUCGAAACUGAUGUACUAACUAACACUAAAAUCUAUAUGAGGUUUCGAAUGGAAUUCAAAAAUCGCCGUUUUAAACCAUACAAACAGACAUUUCAGUGGAUAAAUACGGUUUUAAACGGAAAAUUUUGACACCUAGACGAAUAUAUUAUACAGAAUCUCAUGUUAGUUGUUAAUUAUAGUUUCGAAGGGGGUAAUUUUUUGUAUAAAUGAGGUAUUUUUUAAUAUGCAAGUGAAGGUCUUGAAUCUAUCAGUUUUAACGGUUUUACUUCUUAAACAAUAGCGGCUCGGAAAUGACACAAAUUAAAAACAUUGAUAAUGCUAUGAAUCAUAUUUUCAAAUGAACAAACAUCUGACUCAUACACAACACCAUAUGAUGAAUUCACUUCCAUUUCGAUUAAUUGGCAAUUGAUCAUCACAUGGAAUUGUGAUGUUUCCAAGUUGACAAAUAGAUGGAAAUUUCGAUAAUUUGCUGUUGCUAUUGAUGGAGAAAGGAAAACCACUUUUUUAAACUGGAUGUUGAUGUACUAUUUAUGUAUUUUAUCAUGAAAGACUAUUGUGCAUAAGAGGAUUUAUUAUAUUAUUAUUAUUGACUUUGAUUAUUUCCAGCCAUUAUUUUGAGCAUACCGUUCAAUUGGUUUCCUGAUUUACGAUAAUCAAUUGUGAUUAUGGUUUAUUUGUUUCGGAUACUUUGAUCAUUGAUACUGUUUUCGCUUCUAUACUGGCCGUGAGCUAAAAUAUUAUAUUACAAAACAAACAACAACAACAACAAAAAAACAAUGUCAUCAAUGAAUGUGUUGAUCGAGUUUAUUUAUUCGCAUGCAUAUUUUUGAACAUUUCAACAAACGAUGCAUUUUUCCUAUUCCUCGUUGAAGUUCGAACUGCUAUUUUAGAAACAAAUUAUGUACCGUUAAGAUAUUACAUAUUUGGUAUGUCUUAUUAUUAUAUAUUCUAUUUGUUACUGGCUAAUGUUGUAAAAAAAAAAACAAAACAAUUGAAUGUAUGUUUCAAACCACAACCAAAGUCAAAAGAUGUCAAUAAAAAUGAUGUGAAUUUAAAA